CUGACUGACUGACUGACUGACUGGGAACCAUGCCUAAGCUGCAUAGUAAGACCCAGGUUAGGAUCUUAGAAGAGGAUUAUUCUGGGGAAGAUGAUGAGGUAUACGAGGAUCUGGAGGAUGAACACAAGGCUGAGGGCUACAGAACCGACUCCAAGUGCCCCAAAGGUAACAGGGACUCCAGUCCAGACCAGACCCAAGACACCAAGGGUAAGAAGCGCCCUAGACCCGUGAGAUCCAAAGCUAGGAGGAUUGCUGCUAACGUGAGAGAGAGGAAGAGGAUCCUGGACUAUAACCAGGCUUUCAACGCGCUGCGGUUGUCCCUGAAACACGACCUGAACGGCAAGAGGUUGUCCAAGAUCGCCACCCUCAGGAGAGCCAUCAACAAGAUCUCCUCUCUAUCUAUGUUCCUGAGGUCGACCCCCACCCAGAACCCGAGGUGGGCUUGCUGCAACCACGCUGAGUGCCAGGGCUUAGCCGAGGGUCAUCAGAAUCUCCAAACUUACCAGAUGCCAAUAGAGACCUGCUGCCUGCCCCCAGAGGCUUCCCACGGACAGACUCACUCCCUCUCAGCCAGCCCAGUUCCACAGUACAGCAAGUGCCUGGCUGAGACACCCUUGUAUUUCCAGCAAAGCUCCAGCCCAAAGGAGGAAGGCUUCGCACCCAGUGCCCAUUACUACCCCAGCACCAGCUACCAGCUUGGAGUCAGGACAACUUGCCAUCCCACCCGUAUGGAGACAUUUCUGGACUCCUCUCCCACACCUCUCUCCUGGCAAUUCAAUUGCUUCCCAGGGUCCAACUACCAGCAGACUCUCCCAAUACACUGAUCCCACUGUCGCUGGCCUUUAUCACAAAGGUAGUUUCCAGCCCCAAUUGUUUACUGGUGUUGACGUUUAUCAUUGAUUGCAACCAUUGCUCUCUCUCUCUCCCUCUCUCUCUCUCUCCCCCCCCCCUUCCACUCACCCCCAAAAAGGAAAAUGACAACACGUUUUUAA